AUGAAAUUUUUUGUUAUACCUUUAUUUAAAAAUCAAUUAACAUAUUAUUGUCUCAGUAAUUUUGAUAAACCACCAACUUAUCUAUCAAAAGCAUCAGAUUUAGCUGCAAGAAAAUGGAAAGAGUUAUCAUACGCAGAGAAAAAAAGUAUAAAAGGUCGAGUUUAUAAUGCUGGUCAGAAAUUAUUGGAUAGAAUGGAUUAUCAAGAAUAUUUUCUAAAAAGUAUACCAAUUCGUGAAGGAAGAGUAGUAGAUGGUGAUGUUAAUAAAGAUGAUAAAAUGGUAACACCAAAUCAAAUCAUUUUAAAUAUUGAACAAUUAUUAGAAAGAAAAAUACCGUAUCAUCGUAGAUAUAUGAUUUAUUCUGGUUUAUGUUUGCCUUUAUCUGCAACUUUUACUCUAGUUCCUAUAUUACCAAACAUUCCUUUGUUUUAUAACCUUUUUAGAUUAUACAGUCAUUACAAAGCAUAUAAAGGAGCAACACAUCUUCAACAUAUUAUUAACGACAAGAGACUUGUCCCGACUGAUUCAAAUAAAUUAAAUCUAAUUUAUAACGAUCUAGAUUUAGAUAAAUCUAUAAUUGACGAAGAUACGAUUCGUCGAAUUUCCAAAGCUCUUGGUAUUUCUGUUUUGGAAGUUGAGAUGAAAAGAGCAAGGCAUCAAAUUUUAGAAAGACUUCAAAAAGAUAAUAAAUCAUGA